AACGAAGCAACUUUUGGGAUAAUUGUUUACAAACAUUUAGUGUGAAAAAGAAGGUAUUUAGAGGAGAUAAGUCCCAGAAAUGGUGUUCAUUGUAGAUUUUUAACCGAAUUUAACGUGAUAGUGUGCAAAGGACGAGGAAAAAAGACUCUACAAUGGCUGAGAUGAAGUUGCAGGAGAAUCGGAAGGAGUGCAUGAUCAGGGCGGCGGAGGAGACAAUAAUUGAUCUUCUGCAUCGCACAGAAGCCCUCGAGAAGCUGAUUCAGAGUCCACAACUGCCGGACGAGGAGCGCGUUCAGGCGCAAGAGGACUUGACGUACAUCAAGAAGGUGCUGGAGAAGAAUCAGGAGCUGCUGCAGAAGAUGCGAGGCGCGAAUCGCCGGCCAAUGCUUCUCAUCUCCGUUCUCGUCUUCCUCUGCUUCUUCGGCUACUCCAUGUACGUCCUCUUCUACGGUGCAUAAGUCACAACGGCACAUUCCACAGACGAAAAACGACUCGAAUUCCAUUAAAAGCGGCUGUACAAGAAGACAUGAGAUGCGAUGAUAUUAAAAUGUAUCGAUACAGUAA